AGCGAGCGGGGCGGACGCGCUUAGCCUAAGUCCAGGGUCCAGGAGCCCGGAGGGAGGUGGAGGAAAGGCGAGGCAGCAGGCGCUGAGUAGAGCUCAGUUGGAGCACAGUUUCCCUCCUGGACGGGUCGAGUCAGACCUCACGUGUAGACCAAGAGGAUCAAAGGAAGGGUACGUUACCUGCGGCGCCGGUUGUGCGCAGAUCAGAUGUGCCAGGAGCUGCAGGAGGUCAAAACCUAAGGGAGACAGGAGAAGAAAAUGGAGCGUCAGUGAUCAUCAGACUAGAAUGAGAGUGAAUUGGGAGAAAAUGGUGCGGCCCCCUCACCCAGAGCACCCUCCCCCACCUGCUCACAUCCCCAGCGAACACCCCCGGGGAGGCCUAUGAGGCAGCAGUAAAAGAAGAGGGAGGAAUAUAAAGUCUCAAGUUGGAAGGGACCCGGUUACCACUUCCUUUGCUUUCUGAACUUUUUGUUUUGGUCUCCUGCGGGCAGGAGUGAGUCUCGCCAUCCUCCUUGCUUGCUUGCUUGCAUUCAGCUAAGAGUCAUCUUCUCUCUUCUUCCUCCUCCUCCGCCCCACAUCUCCCUCCUUCCUCCCUUCCCCAACCCCUCCACCCACCAAGUAGCGAGUCAUUCAAUCUGUACACCUCCUGGGCUGGGAAUCGCAAUUGCGAAGUUGGGAGGCGGGGUGACGGCGUUUGAGAAGGGCCAGGGCGACCGGCAGUGUGCACAGGGACUGUGUCGGGCUUGGACCUCACCUGAUCCUUUCUCUUAGAGCGACCCUUCCCCUGCUCCCAGUCUCCUUUCUCUGCCACUUGUGCGCUGCUUCCGCGCACUCGCGGCUCCCUAGCGGCAGGAGGAGGAAAGAGCACAGCGGGUGGAGAGAGUGCGCCAGGGAGAGGUAACCCCUUCGGGAGCCCGGGGAAUCCCGGUCGCCACCAGGGGCCGUGCCACCGCCCUCGCGGGACCAACGCUUCCGGCGUGUCCCCAACUUUGUGGCGCCCUCAGGCCGCGGCGACUGGGAUAGAGAUGCCUUCCAGCGGCAGAGCGCUGCUGGACUCGCCGCUGGACAGCGGCUCCCUGACCUCCCUGGACUCUAGUGUCUUCUGCAGCGAGGGUGAAGGGGAGCCCUUGGCGCUCGGGGACUGCUUCACGGUCAAUGUAGGCGGCAGCCGCUUCGUGCUCUCGCAGCAGGCGCUGUCCUGCUUCCCGCACACGCGCCUUGGCAAGCUGGCCGUGGUGGUGGCUUCCUACCGCCGCCCUGGGGCCCUGGCCGCCGUGCCCAGCCCUCUGGAGCUUUGCGACGAUGCCAACCCCGUGGACAACGAGUACUUCUUCGACCGCAGCUCGCAGGCGUUCCGCUAUGUCCUGCACUACUACCGCACCGGCCGCCUGCAUGUCAUGGAGCAGCUGUGCGCGCUCUCCUUCCUGCAGGAGAUCCAGUACUGGGGCAUCGAUGAGCUCAGCAUCGAUUCCUGCUGCAGGGACAGAUACUUCAGAAGAAAAGAGCUGAGUGAAACUUUAGACUUCAAGAAGGACACAGAAGACCAGGAAAGUCAACAUGAGAGUGAACAGGACUUCUCCCAAGGACCUUGUCCCACUGUUCGCCAGAAGCUCUGGAAUAUCCUGGAGAAACCUGGAUCUUCCACAGCUGCCCGUAUCUUUGGGGUCAUCUCUAUUAUCUUCGUGGUGGUGUCCAUCAUUAACAUGGCCCUGAUGUCAGCUGAGUUAAGCUGGCUGGACCUGCAGCUGCUGGAAAUCCUGGAGUAUGUGUGCAUUAGCUGGUUCACCGGGGAAUUUGUCCUCCGCUUCCUGUGUGUGCGGGACAGGUGUCGCUUCCUAAGAAAGGUGCCGAACAUCAUAGACCUCCUUGCCAUCUUGCCCUUCUACAUCACUCUUCUGGUAGAGAGCCUAAGUGGGAGCCAGACCACGCAGGAGCUGGAGAACGUUGGGCGCAUUGUCCAGGUUUUGAGGCUGCUCAGAGCUCUGCGCAUGCUAAAGCUGGGCAGACAUUCCACAGGAUUACGCUCCCUUGGGAUGACAAUCACCCAGUGUUAUGAAGAAGUUGGCCUACUGCUCCUAUUUCUAUCCGUGGGAAUCUCUAUAUUUUCAACUGUAGAAUACUUUGCUGAACAAAGCAUUCCUGACACAACCUUCACAAGUGUCCCUUGUGCAUGGUGGUGGGCCACCACCUCUAUGACUACCGUGGGAUAUGGGGACAUUAGACCAGACACCACCACAGGCAAAAUCGUGGCCUUCAUGUGUAUAUUAUCAGGAAUUCUUGUCUUGGCCUUGCCUAUUGCUAUUAUUAAUGAUCGCUUCUCUGCUUGCUACUUCACCUUGAAACUCAAGGAAGCAGCUGUUAGACAGCGUGAAGCCCUAAAGAAGCUUACCAAGAAUAUAGCCACUGACUCAUAUAUCAGUGUUAACUUGAGAGAUGUCUAUGCCCGGAGUAUCAUGGAGAUGCUUCGACUGAAAGGCAGAGAAAGAGCAAGUACCAGGAGCAGCGGGGGAGAUGAUUUCUGGUUUUGAAUUAAUUUUCAAUUUAUUUACAAAAGCUAUGUACAAUGUACUAAAAUGAUAAAGCAGUGAUGUGGAUUUCUGUAUUCUGAUGAUGAGUCUCUUCGGAGUACUGCUCAUCUUAAUUAAUUUUUGCUGAUACAUUGCUUCGUCUGCUAGAAUAUUUCACAUCACCUAUAACAACUGCACAGUGUUCUGACACAUCUGAGUAUCCAAAAUAGCCAAUUAACACAAUCAAAUACAACUGGGCCAAUAUAAACAUGUUUGAAUUGUCAAAUAGAAAAUAAUGUUAUUGCAAUACAUACAAAAAGUUAAAGAUUUUAUGUAUCACUAAUAGUAGAAGUUUUCUGCACCACUAAUUUUUUAAAAAUGGAAGUUAAACUGCAUAGCCCAGAGAAACAUAAGUAAAUAUUUAAGAACAUAUUGAACAACUUUGCUGUUUAAAGAUAUUAUCCAAGUACAUAAAUUAUUCCUUUCUCUAUCAAUUAAGGCUAUUAAAUAUAAUAAUCAGCUUUACAAGAGGAAACCCUUAUUUGAUGGGCAGAGAUUGUAUCCCUACCUUCUUUUUCAUGUAAACCACUGGUCACAAAUGAACUGAUCUCUGUAUCCCAUUAUUACUAUAAGAGAUGGGAAUCCCAAAACUGCUUAGAUUGCAGUACAUGAGUCCGCACAAAAACUUCAACAAUUGCACAUCUUCAUUCUCCCAACUGAGUGUAAUAUGUGGAGCAUAAAACAGCAUAUUUCUUAGUACUUCAUGAAUAUCAGAUGGUCUUCAAAUGUCUCUUUAUGGAUGUAUUGUUCACGUUAUGGCUUUAAAAUAAUGAAUAUAUGAAAGUGAGGUAGUGAACAUCCUAAAUUUCUACACUGAAAUUAUUAAAUAAUCUUAUUUCAUAAAAUGGGAAAUAUAUGUUGAAUGACAUCACUGGAUGAACUUGAAGAUCUUUUAUUUGUUAACAAAAAAUAUUAUGGACAGCUUUCUGUCUGUUGGGGUAAAUAGCAAAUGUUCAAACUUUGCAGGCAUUUUGACAUUCAUGAUAAUAAUACAAUUCCUAGACAUUGUGUUAUAUAAUUAAAGCCAAAACCUCUAAAGCUAA